AUGUCUGACGAUGAAUUCGAUGAUUUGGACGUUGGUAAUGAAGCAGAAUCAACUAAUUUCCAAGCUUCAGAUAAUGAAAAUGAUUUUGAAAUGGAAAAUCAAAGAAAGGAAAUGGGACCGAAGUCGAUUGUCUUAACCCAGAAAUUAUUUGGAUCGCAAUCAGCAGUAAACAAUGAUGAUAACAUUCAAAAAUCAGCUAUAAGUCCAAGAAACAAGUUUGAGGAAAUGAUUCGCGACGAAAAUGCAAUUCUAACAUUCGACAAGGAUUCCCAAACGCAUUUAAUUUGUUUUACGAAUAAUAUGACGCAUGCAGGAUUUACAAGAAGAAUUCAAGAAAAAAUGUCGAAUUAUCACGGCUCAAAUCCGCUUUUCGAUCAAUUUUCAUCGGCAUGCCUCACCAAAGAGCUCUUAUUCUUGUAUUUAUCGCCAACUCAAUCAAAGUUUGGCCAGCAAGACACUAUAUUUCGAUCAUUUUUGCUAUCAGAAGCAUGCCAAACCAAAUCGUUUGAGCUUCUUCUCGAGAACCUCAAUAAACUCGCGAAAAGCACCGAUGAGGAAGAUUUUAGAAUGGCGAGUAUCUGUAUUGGACAUAUGAGAUAUCUUGAAAGACUUUUCGAGCCGAAUCCCGUAUUUAAUCUGGUUUUUGAAAUGCCGUUUAUCCAUUGGAAUCCGAAAAUUCGGGAUGAACUUGUUGCGGCGUUGCCAGAGAUUUUCACUGAAACCAGUCUUCAACGAAAUGCGGCUCUACGACUCAAUGAAGCUCUCCAGAGCAAUGACCCAAUUCAAAAUGCAGAGACUUUUCAAUUAGCCGUUAUUGAAACUUUGAAUCUUCUCCGAAUGGAAUCGUCCGUAGCAAGACAGAUUCGUCGCGAUUUAUGCGGAAUUUGCUUGAAAAUCGAUUCCGGCGCCCUACCGCCUCUUAUGGCAUUCUGCUUGGGGACCCUAUUGGCGAAUGUGAAGAAUGAGGACGAAGAGCUCUAUUUUCAUGAGCUUAUGGCCGAUUUGACGAAACAUUUGAAGGUGGAGUCGAUUCGCAAAAGUGCAUUGAGCUCCAAAAAAUACACAAUUGAGGCGAUUGUGUGCGAGAUAUUCUCCGAAUUCAUUCGAUAUCUUCAAUUGGAGAAGAAAGGCUGGAAAUAUGUUCUAUCAUUUUUCAAUCGCUUCAAAAAUGGCGAUGUGAAGGAGGAAGAUGAUCCCGGCGAAACUGACUGGAUGAAUUCAUUCGAAACGAUGCUUGUAAUCUCAUUGAUUUCGUCGCACUGCUGCCCAAAAUCGUUAAUCACUGCGGUGAAUUCAAAAAUCACCGGGCUUCCAUCGAUCGCCGCAUCGGCGACAUCGAAGUUCGUGAAGCUUAUCGACACUAUCAUAACAUUUAGAAAGUUUUCCGAAACUUAUCUUGACUCGCUUCAUCUGAUCGCUCGCCAAUGCAUAUGGACCCCUGAUCAAAAUGUUCGGGACCUUGGCGUUAAUAUUUAUCGAAAAUUGUUUGCUGGAAUGGAAAAUACGAGAGCUAAAACUUUCAAUGAAAUGAUGAGAAACUUUGAUCGAGAUGAUUCUCAAUGUGAAGCGUUUCUUGAUGUUCUCUUAAAAGUCGCCAAAUCGAAUGCCGACAUUAUUCUCAAAUUUUCGACGAAUAUUGAGCAAUGCGUCGAAUCGAUUCAAAAAUUGAAUAUCUCGAAUAUAAAGAAAUUGUUUCAAGUGAUUGUGAUGUUGUCGGAGCAAAAAAAUGUGAAUGGAGGAGUGAAAUUCGAAAUUGAUGAUCUCAUUAAUCGUUUUCUUCUCGCUGUCAACGAGAAAGAGCGAUUUUUGGGCAUUCUUGCACUAUUGAUUAAAAUUCAAUGGGAUAUGCAGAAGCGGAGAAGCGAGGCUCAAGAGCGUUCAAUUCGUGAUAAUAUCGCGAGAAUCGAGGAAGCUUUUGGUGAUUCGAGUAAUCUUCGUGGAGCAUUCUAUGAGCAAAUGGCUAGUGUUAUCAAAAAUCAUAAAAAGACCGAUGAAAUUCGAUUUAUUAGCGAAUGGGCAGACAAGCUCCUAUCGAAGUUCAAAGAAGAGUUUUUCGAAGAGAAUCGCGAGGAAAGUGAAAAUGUGCAAUUCGGAGAGAUUCGGUAUAUUUGGAAGCCCGAUCAAUUGAGAAUGGCCGAAGUUGCGCCAAUGUUCAAUUUGAUCAAGGAAUUGCGAGCGAUUUGUCAGAAAUGGAAUGAGGAUGUUGAAGAAGAAUCGGUGAGAUCAGCAGUGUCGACAUGUUCAUUGAAGGAUCUCACGUUUGUCUUCGAAGCUGACAUCCCACUUCUUGAAGAAUAUGAUGACAGAAUUCAAAUUUCGAGACAGUUGUUCUUCACAAUUCAAUGGUGUCGAACGAUUUUGAACGCCUUCCUCAGUCAGAAUAAGAUUGAUUUUCUCUCCACUGAGGCAAUAUCGCGUAAUUCAAUCAGAAUCUUCUAUGUGAUGUUGAAAUGCGAGAAGAAGCUCAUCGAAUCGAUCAAAAAGCUUGGUGAAUGGAAUGUCCCAACAUUGUGCUUCAAAUCUGAACUGUUGACAAUAGUAUCGGCUAAACAGCUGAAAAAGCGAAAAGCGAGGAAAAGGAAAAGCGAUGAGAGCUCAUAUUUCGAUAAUGAAGCUAUUGAGGAAGAAGAGGAUGCCUUGGGAAGCGAAGAUCUGGCAACUCAGUUAGCGCAACAUGUGACUCAAUUCAUGCUGAGACCUGUAGUUCAUCUAAUUUCGUUAACGAUAAGCAAAAGAAGUUGCUUGAUUUAUCUAUGCGGUGAGUUGCAGAAUAUCCUUCAAGACCUUAUUCGGAAUAAAAAUAAAACAACAUCGCAUUUUGGGCGAACAGUUUCGAAGCCAAAAGCUGAAAAAUUUUAUCAUGGAGAUUUUGCGACGGUUUGGGGUUGCUUAAAAAAGGCGACUGAAGAAGUUUGGAAGAUAGUCGAGAAUUCGAACGAAUUCUUCACCACGUUGGCAGAUUCGUCGGAGGAAAUUCAACCGAAAAUGCAGGCGGACAUGGAAGAGCUUGGACAGAGAAGCUUGCAGUUGAUCAAUCUCAUUCUGAAAGGAGAGCUGUACGGAAGCGAGGAAAAGCUGACGAGCGCUGAGAAGAACGAGAAACGCUCGAUUUUAUUGCGAAUUAUUGAGAAAUGUUUGUUGAAAACGAAUCAAAUUUCAUUGGAAACCGAGACAGCGAAAAUCGAAAUUGGAAAGUAUAUUCUCGCAAAUGCCGAAUUUGCACCGACGCCAAUCAUUGCGGUCCUGAUUUUGGAGUUGUUCAAUACGUUGAAAAUUGAAGAUGCCGAUAUGAGAAAAUCGAUGGCGAAAUUCGCGCUUGCUUAUUUGAAAAAAGAUUGGAGGAAUGUCGAAAAAGGUGCGAAAUUCAAUACGUGCGUUCGCGAUAUCCUCAAAAGCUAUGUGAGUUUGCGAAAGGAGAAGGAGCAGAUCAUGGCGAUUCAGUGGAUUUUGACGAAUAAGGUCGUUAAAUUGGUUCCUGAUGACAAGAAACGAAAAUCGGUGAUGUUCUCCCAACAAUCCGACGAUGAUCUUGUUGAGAGGAAUGAGGAUGAAGCGAUCUUCCAUUGCAUCAACAAGCAGACAUUUGCGAACGUGUUCAAGACGUUGUUCGCGAUGCUCAAUGCGUGUACUUGCAAAUAUUAUAUGCAAGAGUCGGCGAUUAAAAAUGGACAAAUCACGGAAGAAGAGACGAUGACACAUUGGGAGAACGCGUCUUCCUGCUUCCUCAUACUUUGUCUCCUUUUACGGGUAAAUGAGAUUCGUUCGAAUGCUGUAUUGGCAAGUGGGAUUAAGGAAGGGCGACAGUUUCUUGUGAAUGUUUCCAGGAAAAGUUCGUUUAUUCACAUUGUUGACAAUAUCUCGAAGAAUUCGAAUUUUAAUGUGAUUUGCAAGAAGAUUGAGAAGACGAUUUCGACGGUUCAGCAGGGAAAUCGCGUAUUGCAGUCGAUUGGAACUUAUGCUAAGGAGCAUAAAAGUGUGAAUUUGCUCAAAAAGUUCCCAGAACUUCGCGCUGAGAAUGAGAAUUGUUUGCGAGUUAUUCGUUCUGCAAUGGUUAAAAAUAAAUGCUUGGAAGCUUUUACGGGUAAAAUGUCUCUCGACGGUCUUCUUAGUGAGGUUAGCCGCUUCAACGCUCACCACUUGGAAGUUGCUCAAGGCGAGCAGGUUUUCUAUGGUGGAAAGCACGUUUACUCCGAUUUCCACGCUACACCAUCUACUUCUGAUCACAAGAAGGGAGGAAAGAAGAACGAACUCGAUCACGCUAUUCAAAACGCCAAGAAGAUUGCCAAUAAGGCUUUGAAGGGAGAAAGCUCUGCUUCAAAUGGCGAUAUUGAAUCGUUGCGCAAGGAUCAUGCUGCUCUCGCUAGCAAGGUUGAUCAAUUGACCGCUCUUAUUAGCCAACUUCAAAAAGAACUUGCUGAUUUGAAGACGGGAGCUCCAGCUGCCAAAGCUGCUCCAGCUAAGGAGGAAGCCAAGAAGGAAGAUGAUAAAGAUGAUGAUUUCGACUUGUUCGGAUCCGAUGAAGAAGAAGAUGAUGAGGAGAAGAAGAAGCUCACCGAAGAGAGACUGAAGGCUUACGCUGAGAAAAAGUCGAAGAAGCCAGGACCGAUCGCCAAGUCCUCGGUCAUUCUUGACGUGAAGCCGUGGGACGAUGAGACCGAUUUGGCCGAGAUGGAGAAGUUGGUACGCGGAAUUGAAAUGGACGGACUCGUCUGGGGAGGUGGCAAGCUCAUUGCAAUUGGAUAUGGAAUCAAGAAGCUACAAAUCAUUUGCGUCAUCGAGGACGCUAAAGUUUCAGUUGACGAUCUCAUCGACAAGAUCACCGAAGAUUUCGAAUCGCACGUUCAAUCUGUCGACAUCGUCGCCUUCAACAAAAUCUAG